ACCAUGCGAAAGAAGCAUUCUAUGGUUUAUUUGGUACUCCUCAGCACAUUCUUUGUUGGUAUUGGAUUUAUUCUGAAUUAUACAAUUCAAGUUUACAGUUUUCACAAAGGAUUUUUGGAAUCUUAUGGUUCCUGGAAUGCUUUGCAGAACAAGGUCUCAUUUUUCCGGCCAAAACCUCAAAGACGUCCAUUAGGUGGACGGUUUGAUACUAUUCUUGAGAUAUGUGGCGAGCUUUGUGAUCUAACAAAGGAAAUACAGAAAAAUCCUGAAGAUGUCAUGGGAACUGUUACAGCAAAGGUAGAUUGUGCUGGCAUCUUUGCUAGCGAGGAGAUUGAUAAGCCUAGUGGACACAGUGCCAUGCAUUGGGAUAUGAUCCCAGAACAUAUUCAGAAUGAGUUUACUCACAAUGGAAAAAUAUCAGUUAAUUCCUGGUUUAUUGAUAACACAUCCAAAGGAAAUACCAAAACUGUAGGAGUGCAUAGUAAAGCAAAAAUCCAAAAAUAUAGUAAGUAA